CUCUGAGAGAUAUGAUCGAGUUUCUGGUUUGAUCGUCGAUACAAAACGUGGUCUAAUUUUGAUCUAGCUCAUGAUGCCUGACCAAGUUUGCUGUGAUGCAAUUGGCUAAAAUGUAGUCACACCGGCUAAUUCGUCUCAAUUCUUUGCUCUAUUGGUAUACUACAGCACAGCAUAAGAGUAUUAAAGUAAAUCAACCUCUUAAUCUUACUUGAGUGGUACCUAAACCGUACCAUGAUGAAAAGCGACGCUGAAGGAUGCGGAAUAGUUUUGUAUUCUUACUUGAGUUAGAAAAGAAGACUCGGCGGUGAACGAAGUACAAAUACUUUUCUCUCUCUCUUUUUUUACUAUUUCCCAAGCGACCAAUUGUAUGCUCUAGCUUACACUGAUACAAACUCCCUUCCUGUUGUCACGUUUACACCAGGGGAAUAGACUGAACCUUUCUAUACCCGUGGAAAAAUUUUGAAACCUCAAGGUUGUUAUUGUGCUCCACAAUACUGCUUCAAUUUCUAUUUCAACGCUUUGAUUAUUUUAAACAAAAGUGCUUUUCUCUUCCUGACGCUUUGUUGCGUCUUUUAAUUAUUCAUUAACAACUGUUUUAUGCCAUCUUUUCUGGGGGUGGGUUUUUGAAUUACUUAAUUUGGCGAACGGCUAUUGGGGGAGUUUAUUAUUUUUAUUCCCUUUGGUCUGCGAAUGUACAGAAGGUAUAAUUUUCCGCUCGUUUGGUUAAAAUCCAAUUAGACGACGGUUGGUGACACGGCUCUGUUGUUUUUGAUUGUACUUUUCUUCAUAAAGACUUCUCGGAAGUUCCUCUUGAUGAAAAUGUGUAUUGAUCUAACUGACCCAAGGAUCGCCCUCAUUAAUGAUGGAAUUGAAGCAACUUGACUCUCUAAUUGGUAACUUAAACUAAACUUGCGCGUCUACUGAGGAAUUACAUCUCAAAUUUACCCUCAAUGACAGUUACAUGUCUCUCGUUAUUUUAUUUUUCAAGUAUUAUCACGCUUUCUAUUUUUUGAAGCGGACCUUGUUUACCUUAACUAGAGAUUUAAUGAGAUUCAUAAAUUUCCUGGACCCUAACAGCACAUUAUGCUAAUGUCUGAUCAAUUUUAUUUCGCCUGAAUUGUAAAUGGAAAUCGUAUUUUACCUGUGCGAUGAUUUUAGAAAAAUAUGACAUGUUUAAACGAACUUGUGAACAGAAGUUGUUGGAAAACCAAUCUAUCGUACCCCCGAGUAAUUCACGGCCCGAAACCGUGAGCAACAUAAACAACAAUAACAACAACAACAACAACAAUGUUGCUUCGGAGGCGUUAGGGAACAGUUUGGCGAAAUUUUUCGGGGAACAAAAUUUCGCAGGCAACCACGGGACCCUGGUGAAUAAAUUCAACAGCACGGAGUUUGUACCGAAUGGGAACCCGUUGAGAAACUCAUUGACCCAAGAACAGUCUGGGCAAAUCAUGAGUCCCUUAGCAUCUAAUUAUCCCCCGAUUCAGAUGGAAUCCAUGAGCAACAUGGGAAAACCAAUGACGUCAUCUUACAACGUACCAGUUAAUAGUUCUCAGAUUGCAACACAACUGCCAGAUGACGAUUACCACAAUCACUUGCCAUUGACGAAACGGAUCUCAAGGCAAGUAAACCAAAUGAACAAUGGUUUGAACUCAAUUCAGAAUCCCAUGAUGUCAAAUCAACCCAAUCUUUCUGGGGGUGUGUCGAUGUCAAAUAUUAGAACGCACAACGCAAGCACACGAAAUCCCGCUAAUGAAAUUCAUCAUCAAAUUUCUUUGGAUUCGAAUCGAAAUUCAGGUUCUAUAAAUGGAUUACAAGAGAAAAGUGUUUCGAAUGAAUCUACGAAUGAAUUGUCAAUGGAAAAAUUACAACAGUCUAGGAGAGACCUGGAACUUUUGACAUCGGCAGCAAAUCAUUUGCUGAAGUCGAGUGGCAAUGACGAUACCAAUGGACCUGAUGCCGAUAGCAUAACAAGAGCUGCACAGGAGCUGCAAAAGUCAAUUGUGCAGUUUCUACAUUCAAGGCAAUCGCAAGGUCAACCAAGUCAAAGCCCGCAACCACAACCUCCUCCGCCUAGGUUGUUCGCGCCGACAUCAGACUCAAAUUCGGUGAUAGUCGGGAACGAAACGCAAUCGGUGCUAAACCAGAAUGUACAACCUAUCGGAGUUUCUCAAAUGGGAAGCGUGGGCGGUGUUUUGCGGGGCCCGCCUCCCAGGGUGUUUGACCCCCGCAAGGUGCUUUCAAGGAAAGAUCCGAACCUCACCUUUGUCACAAAUCCGAACCUGCCAGAACUUCCAGCUUUGGAAAAAGUACAGAACACUGGAUACUUACAAGGGGUUGCUUCACCAGUCUCUAUGCGAGCGGCGUCAGUGAAACCAAACCAACCAUUGCCCCACGCCCACCAACCGUCAUCAUCAACAACAACAACUAGCAGGACCAGGACGAUAUCUCUUCCGGCCUCGGACUGCAUCGAGAUCAAAGACCUCUUAGCUUCUGCGACCCUGUCAUCUCACUUGAGUUCAAACCCGGCUUCUUCAGUCGACAGAAGUGACCUUUUAAUACCAUCACUCAGUGCGAACAAGCGAAUGGUCACUCCAACAGCUUUAUCAAACGCUCCUCUAGGAGUACCGUGCCCCUCAGUGACACAACCAAGUGUCAAUAUACUGGACAAAAAGUACAGCCAGAAGCGCCCAGUUCCAGCUUUAACCUCAAAGGUCAACUCAGAAACAACCGGCAUGAAAAACUCAUCGCCCAAAAAAUCAGCUUUAAAGGCCGAUAAAACCAGUUCGGCUAAAAGACGCAAACAAGCUUCCAACUCGUCAAAUGCAUCGGGUUCUGGAUCCGUGUUUCAGACAUCGUCAAUAGCUAUCACUGCAACUGCUACUAGUACGAUUGUGUCAAGUGAUGUUUGCACGACAGCAAGUACUAUCGCUCUUAGAACCAAAUCAUCGACCACAAGUUGUAGUAGCGACACGUUCUCGGCAAUAAGCUCGGACGAACUGGCUUGGGAUGACAGUGUAAUUCGGAGUCAGUGUAGUAAUUCAAAUCUACAGGGAAAGAUCAAACGGAACCAUUCUGCAUCUUGUGUAAAAGAAGCAGGGAAGGAAAAAGGAUCGGCUAGACGGGAGGAGAGGAUGAAGCGACUGAGCAUGUUGUUCCCGGACACUGAUGUGGACAAGCGGAGAAAUGAGGAGCGACUGCAGAUGUUGAAGGUCAGAUUUGUGGAGGAAGUGACUGAACAGACCUCUGUGGACACGCAAAAGACAAAUAUCAUUCACAGUGGGCAGUUCAUGUCCAGUCGAGUGUGGAGCAACAGAGGGAAGACGGGGGAGCAACAGAACCAGCUGAAGAUACUGAAGGAACUCAAGAGCAACUUCUUUCCCUCCCUCAAGAACUUAUUCACACACAUCAUCAACAAAGCCUACCAUGUGCGCCAACUGAUCUCGCCAAAAUGGAAGCAGUUCCGCGGCAUAGACCUGGACGUGCCUUGCAAAGUCAGACUGAACAAUCUUAUCUGGAGGUGUUGGCAUCUCCAGUUUUCUAAAAGGAGCAAACAUCCAAUGUGCAGGUUCAUAGUGCCCAACGAGAAAGAUCACAACCAUUUAGAUGCGCAGCAUCUCGUUCAGGCGCAUGUUCUGGAAGGCAAGUACUGGCGCAGACAAGACUCCGCUGUCAUCUCGGAGUACAUGAGCUGGAGGUGGUACUACAAAAUCAGAAAUGAGAAAUGUCCUCGCAGACACGACUUCGACACGAAGCGCUUCGCUGGUCUGCAAUUUCCGAAGCAGCAUCACAACCUGCCCGAGACAUUUGUGGGAGGGAGGAACGCCGACUUCAUCCAAAACAGCCUCUCUCAGUUUCAUCUGGUGUUACCGGUCGACCUUAUGGAUAUAGAACCUUUUCAACCGAUGACUCCCCUCAACUUCGACUUAUUGGACGACUUUGGAAAAAUUGGAUUCGACGUUUCAGAAGCUGAUAAAAAUUCAACUACCUCGAAUUUCUUCUCACCCAUGCACGGUGAGAGUGAGAAUCUGGCAUCAGUAGAGCGACUAGACAGUGUGACCGCGAUGUCCUCCAUAGACUCCAACGAAGAUCCAUCCGGACUUCUUAAGGACGCUCCCCUCUCUCUCUCGCCACCAGAGGGCGAAGAGCAGGAAGGGGCGCCUCAAUCAUCUCUUAGCAGCAACAACUCACAUCUGUCUAACAACUCACUCUCAGGAGCUAAUCAGACGGGAUCCCCAGGAUUCCUGCAACAUGGGCUACUGGAAAGCUCAGAUGUUGGGCAAAACGACGCUUUGCUUUGCUCUAAUCAGAGAAUGAUGUGCCACCUUGGUUCAGACAACAACUUACGUCAAAACAAUUGGAAUGUCAACAGUUUGAAAGUAGAGCCGGAAACAUCUCAGGAGGUCGUGUACUUGGAUGGAGAUGUUCAGAAGAGGAGAAAUGCCGUGCAUAGAAAUAUAUCGGCAGAUGAUUUUGGGACUUUCGGAACCGUGCAGACUAUCGAUCCGGAAUUCGCGAUUGAGAGAGAUUGUGCAUCUAUGCCGCAUACUUCGCUAUAUACAUCUGGAAUGUCUGGGGAGAUGCUUAGAGGCAAUGCUUCGAUUACGUACGGGGAGCCAGCUGUGUCGCUUCAAAGCCGAGAGUUUCCAAAUUACCACCUGCACCCGAUGAAUCAAAGCGAAACUUGCGAGGAAUCGGAUGAUGGUUCAGACUCCGGAGAAUCAGGCUCAGAUGGUCAACAAGACCACCUCUUAUCCUCCUCUUCUCAAAUGAACCCAAUGUUAAUGUCCAAUCCAUCAUCAAACCCAAAUCUUCUAACUAUGCAGUCGCAUGUACCGUCUUAUUCUGGAAGUAUCAAUGGUCCCAUGUCUGUGCCUCCACAGUUGUCUCAGAUGCAGCAGUCGGGAUCCUUGUUGCACGGGCAGCUAAAUGCCAUGCUUGCCGCUUAUCCUUAUGCUCUAUCACACGGGGGACAAAAUAUCUCGAACGUCCAAGGACUCAGAGGAGCUGUAGUUGAGGAUCCUUCGUUGGUGCCUGCAACUUCUGGGCACCAAUUGAUAUUCAACGGCCAAGGAGGACAGCCUUCGAUGUUGUCGCCUGGAGGACAAAACAUGCUGCACUUCCAAGGAACUUCAUCGAUUGGACCUGCGCCUCAUAUUGUUACUCCAGGAACGCCAAGUGGAAACGAAUCGUCGCCAAUCGCGCUUCUAUUGAGUCAACAGAGGUCUCAAUACCAGCAGCAAGGUCAAAUGUUAGGAUCCCAUUUGCCACCUGAAUCGCCACUUCAGAGAUUCAUGCCAACCACAACCAACGGCGGCGGAAAUUCGACAGAAGCAGCGGCCGCAGCAGCUUCGAUAUCGCAAAAUGCGCCAAUGUUGAAAGGAAUUCUGGGCCAAGUUCAUUCUCCUAGUGGGACGUCGACAUCGUCCGGAAGACCAGGAAGUUCAUUUGUUCCUCCUGGAGAAAACAAACAAGUUGAUCAUGAUGAAAUGAAGUCUGUGUAUGACAGCAUAGAUCCUUCAGUGGUGAAGUAUCAGAGACUUCGAGACAAAACUGCCGAAGAACUGACUUUGCACAAGGAGAGGAGGGAAAAGGUGCACCAGAUGUCGGAGAGGAAAAGACGCCACAACAUCCAGGUAGCUCUUAACAGCUUGCAGGAGAAGCUGCCCCCGAACAGCGAGCACAGCAAACAGUGCAAAACACGUGCAGUCAUACUCACCAGAGCCCAAAACUACAUUGAAAGUAUGGAGGAGGAGCGGGACACUUUGAGACGAACUAUCUUCCAACUGCGCUCUGAGCUGGGCAGAGUUAACCACGACAUCAGACAAAUCCAUCAGCUGUUGCCAACCGACCAAGCAGGUCUUCCUGAAGACUGCACGCUACCGGAACAAACUGGAUCAGUGAUGAGACAGCAGUUCCAGAACUACCUCUCAGAGAAUAGCCAACACGGAUGGUCCUUCUUCAUCUUCAGCCAUCUGGCCAGACGCUUCUUCGAGUCAUUCGUCAGUUGUGUGAGACUUCAGAGCUUCGAUCGCUUCUCGGAGUCAGUUGCUAGCUGGGUGCAACAUCACUGCACUAUGGUUAACAUAAGAGGAGUUGUGACGGAGUCUUUGACAGAGAUGUGUGGGAAGGAGAUGCCAUACGCCUCCACGUCAUCCAUACCCACCAUGCCAGUCCACCAACUCUACACCAGCAGUCAAGCACCCCCAGUGGCCACCGCCCUCGCAGCCACACCCACUUCCACCCUCCCACUGAGACGACACACUAUGGUAGCUCCUAUCGAUCAACUGGUAGCUUCCACUUCAUCAAUGUCUUCUGCUGUUUCAUCAAGAAACGACUUCGGAUGAUGGUCGUCCAAAAGAACCCAUUCGAAAUCAGUUGUUUGUUUUGAAGGAUGAGGGAUGUUGAAAAGAAAACUGAUGAUACUAGUCCAUAAUGAUGGCCUAUUCGAAACUGAUAACUUGUUUUUGUUUUCGCAUAACUGCCAAAAAUGUUUACUGGUCGAUUAGAUUGGAAAGUUCACUAUCAUGCUGUUCGCGUUGACUUGGUUGUAGGUUGUAGUAACGUUAGUUUGUUAGUUAGUCAAGCUCAUAUCUAUCUUCUAUUACCCACGAUAUCUUCUUUUCUCUUCUCGUUGUAGUUUACUGAUGUUUCUUCUCUCGACCACUUAGAAGGUGUUGUCUUCUUCGUUCUCAAGUGUCUUUUACAGUUUAUUCUAUAUUGCAAAGUUUAUUUUACUGUUCUCGGAAAUGAUUUGAUAUUUCUUCUAGCUUUAUCUUUGUUGCCCUAAUCUGCAUAUCUGAGAUUAAUAAUGAUGUAAUUGCAAUUCAGUUCAGCUGAACUUUUGGUUAAUAUAAUUUUCAAUUCAA